AUAGUAAGAAAGGCAGCGGCGGCGGAUCUAUAACUCACAGGAGUAACAGUCACUCCCACACCUGAGUUACCUACAACCAGCACUGCAGAGAGGAUGGCGGAGAACCGGGGAAAAGCUACUGACCAGAUGAAGCUGUGGAAGGAGAACAGGGGCUCCCAGCGACCAGAUGCUCUGACUACAGGAGCAGGUGUCCCAGUCGGUGAUAAGCUGAAUGUUCAGACAGCAGGACCACAGGGGCCUCUGCUUGUGCAGGAUGUCGUCUUCACUGACGAGAUGGCUCACUUUGACCGGGAGCGCAUUCCUGAGAGAGUGGUGCAUGCUAAAGGAGCAGGUGCAUUUGGCUACUUUGAGGUGACCCAUGACGUCACACGUUACUGCAAGGCCAAGGUGUUUGAACAUGUUGGCAAGACGACUCCCAUCGCUGUGCGCUUCUCUACUGUGGCUGGAGAGGCUGGUUCAGCUGAUACAGUGAGAGAUCCUCGAGGUUUUGCAGUGAAGUUCUACACUGAAGAUGGCAACUGGGACCUGACUGGCAACAACACACCCAUCUUCUUCAUCAGAGAUGCCAUGCUGUUCCCGUCCUUCAUCCACUCUCAGAAGCGGAAUCCUCAGACUCACCUGAAGGACGCUGACAUGGUGUGGGACUUCUGGAGCCUGCGUCCAGAAUGUCUGCAUCAGGUGUCUUUCCUCUUUAGUGAUCGUGGACUGCCUGAUGGAUUUCGCCACAUGAAUGGAUAUGGAUCCCAUACCUUCAAGCUAAUAAACGCUCAAGGCAACCCUGUCUACUGCAAGUUCCACUACAAGACUGAUCAGGGCAUUAAGAACCUUCCUGUGGAGGAGGCAGAUCGACUAGCCUCUACUGACCCUGACUACGCCAUUCGUGACCUGUUCAGCGCCAUUGCCAACGGCAACUUCCCCUCUUGGACCUUCUACAUUCAGGUUAUGACCUUUGAACAGGCAGAAAACUUCCCCUGGAACCCAUUUGAUCUGACCAAGGUGUGGUCCCACAAAGACUUCCCCUUGAUCCCAGUUGGUCGCUUGGUGCUAAACAGAAACCCUGUAAACUACUUUGCUGAGGUGGAGCAGAUGGCAUUUGAUCCCAGCAACAUGCCCCCUGGAAUUGAGCCCAGCCCUGACAAGAUGCUGCAGGGUCGUCUCUUCUCAUAUCCUGACACCCAUCGCCACCGACUUGGAGCAAAUUACCUCCAGCUGCCUGUCAACUGCCCCUACCGUGCCCGUGUAGCCAACUAUCAAAGAGACGGACCCAUGUGCAUGACUGACAACCAAGGGGGAGCACCCAACUAUUACCCCAACAGCUUCAGUGCCCCAAAGAAUCAGCCUCAGUGCAUGGAGUCCAAGUUCAGGGUGUCUGCUGAUGUUGGGCGCUACAACAGCGCAGAUGAUGACAAUGUGACUCAGGUGCGCACCUUCUUCACUGAGGUCCUAAAUGAUGCGGAGCGUGAGCGUCUGUGCCAGAACAUGGCCGGCCAUCUGAAAGGAGCUCAGCUGUUCAUUCAAAAGCGCAUGGUCCAGCGUCUGAUGGCAGUGCACGAAAAUUACGGCACAAGAGUUCAGGCACUGCUUGACAAACACAAUGCAGAGAGCAAAAAGAACUUGCAUGUGUAUACUCAGGGAGGAGCAUCUUCCGUGACCGCCUCCUCCAAGAUGUAACCUGUGCGUGGAUUGUUUCUACACACAAGGAAUGUAACACCAAUACUUACACCACUCAAACACACACAGUAUUGACCUCCACUACUCUCAGCUCUUUCACACCUCAGGUUUUAAUAUAAGUGGGUUGUUUAAAAAACAGCUCUCCCAUAUCGAUAUAAAUAAUUUUCAAGAUAAAACCUUUGGAAGUUUGUUUUUGGCAGCCAUCUAUUAAACUUUAAACAGUUCAGUCCAUAGCAAUUCUAUAUCUGUGUGUUCCAGCUGAGGUCAGAUCAUAUGAUCCUUAAAGGGGACAUGAAACACUUCAAGUAUUUAGUUUAAUUCACAAGAUGUAUUUUCACUCUAACAAAUUUUAUAAGUUUAACAGUUGUCAGUGAAGCGGAAUUAAAAUAAUAAGCAAUCUAAAUGUCAUUUUUUUAAGUAAGGGCAGCGCCAUCUUGUCCCAGCGCUGAAAGUGACGUCACGAGGUUGGUUCACGCACGCCUCACUACUAGAAUCUAUGAGAAUACCGUAAUUUAGCGCCUCAAUAAAUAAUAAAAUCCAAACCAAAACUCAAUGCAGAGCGGGGGGGCACUUUUGUAUUGUCCCUGUGUGUAGUAAUACUGGGAGUAGUGAAAUUUAAUAAGGUGAGGAAUGAGAAAUAUUUACUUUCACUUUCAUACCUUCAGCGGGGGCUCGCAGCACUGAAGCGUGAGAAUCCUCCGGUUAGCUGCAACGCUAGGGGUUAGUGGCGAGCACUUUCUAGACCAGGACUAUGUGAAGGAGAGGGGUUUGAGUCAGGAGCAUUAGCGCCGGAUAAAUAAGCUGCAGUCCGAGGCUUUUUUUCCUCCGUUUUUUAUUUUUCCUCUGAUCAGCUGGAAUGUACAGACCGUCUGACUGAUGGUAAUGUUACUAUGAGAGCAGCAGCUGUGAGCCGCACCAGCCAAACAACACGCCCACCCAGCAGAGCAGCGAGAGGUACCGUUACCGAAAAUCUAGAUAAAUUAGAUAAUUUAAAGAUAACAUAGCUAGCGUUAGCUACUUAGCUAGCUAUCUUAUUCUAGCUAGCCAACGCUAGCUAACUAGCUAACACUAACUAGAUGAAGCUAAGUACCCAGUAAGCAUUCUAACUUCUAAACUGAACGGUUUAUCAACCAAACAGCGCCUGGAUGUUUCAAUAUCCACUUAAAUCAUGUUCGUUUCAUUCAGUCUUAAUGAACUCUGGACUUUGCAUGUUAAAUAGCUAAAUGUAUAUAAAAUAGCUGGUUAACUGGAUGGCAGUACCUGCUGUGGACGCGCUGCAGGGUUCUGCACGGCUCCACGUAGAGAGAGAGAAUAAACACUCCCCAAACCCCUCGCUCUCAGAAAAGCAUCUAAAAAGUUCUGCUCAGGUUUAUAUAGGAAAGAUCUCUGAGUAAAUGCUCCAUGUUAGCCUAGUUCAGCUUCGUCUUCAUCCAUAAUCUCGACAAACAAUACGCUCUUUUCCUCUAGCUAUAUGCCUGGGAUCUUAAACCAACCAACCUCGUGACGUCACCAGUGCUGCACGGGCAACAUGGCGGCGCCCUAGCUCAAACGUAACAAACAUAAAUAUAUUAUAAUUUAGUGUGUAAACAUUUUAUAUAAAAAAAUCCCCCCCAAAUAAAUGCCAUUAUAUUUAAUACCUUAGAAAACUUGUACAAACUGAAAUGUUUCAUGUCCCCUUUAAGCUUAUUUAAUAUAGCAGAAUGUUAUCACUUAACUUGAUGACUUUCAUUCAUUGCUGCUCUUCCAUAUCAGCCUUAUGAACACACUCACGCCUUUUGUUAAGUGCUCUGGUUUUAUUUCAUUUCCAGUAUUGCGCAACACUCAGUUUGAAAAGGUCUAAUAAGUCCAGUUCUUACAGGAUACAUUUAAAAUAAAUAGUUUGUUUUCUUCAUGCUUCUUUUGUAUCAGUACAGCCUUGGCUGCUCUGUCAGGUUACUGGUUCCUUGAUUUAAAUACUGAAACAACAACACUAUGUGAACAACUGUCAUAUAAUGAUAGUUGGAGGUCUCAGCAUUAUAUAUACAUUCCCCAAUUGGCGCCUUAACAAUGUAACUUUUAUUAUGUAAGCAGAAUCAUCCUCUUUAACUAAAUAAUUUUGAGAUGUAGAUUAAAAAAGUAGAGUGGAAAAGAGGCUAUUAUGAGAACUACAGCAUGAUUGUGCCUUACCGAAAUCCAUAUCUAAAAUCAUAGCUGUAAGUGUACAUUUUUUAUAACUUGGAACUGCAUCUGCCUGCAUUAUCAUGACAGUGAGAUACUGUAUAGCAUUUGUUAGGUGGUUCUAUUAUUAUUAUUAUUAUUAUUAUUAUUAUUAUUAUUAAUAAUAAUAAUAAUAAUAAUAAUAAUAAUAAUAAUAAUAAUUAGAGGUUUACAAAUGUAGUGCAAAUAGUAGUGAAAUGUUGUAAACAUUCUACUUUGCUGGUGUUAAAUUAAUGCAUCUUCUUCAAUCAUUUCAUUUUUUAAACAGUAAUAUUUUUUUUGAUUGAAUCCUGAUAUCAUGCAUAAUCUGCAUCCCUAGCUGUAUUAGCAUUAUGUUGAUGAAUCUUGUGCUCAACACUGGAAACAGCAUAGCUCCUAAAAAAAUGUUUUUCUGUGCUUUUACUGAACAGCUCGCACAUUUCCGUCCAGUUUCUUGUGUCAUAAAGGAUUAUUAAUUUUCCUUGUUGAUUUCUGUGUUCUGUCCUGAGAGGAGAAUGUUUUAAUCCUGAUGUUAUGAAUCCUGGUCUGUUCUGUAACCAAACUUAAUAAAUCAUAAUGAUUUGCUUUAA